AUCUUUAAGGAGGUUGGAGAAGAGCACAAGCCCUUCCAGACCCAGUAAAUUGGAAUCUCUAGAGAGAGGCCUAGCCAUUUAUGAAGCUUCACAGAAAAUUCUAAUCUGCAUCCCUGGUUAAUAGCUACUGCUCUAGAAGCUCUAUAGUAACCAUGGUAAUGACUGCCCCUCAUGUUGUGGGGAGACCUAGACUGACAGAGAUACCCAGAGCAGGCUGAUCUCUUUGUUCAACAAAAUAGUCUCUGCAGUUGGAGGCCGCAUGGACAGCAGCUGCAGUCUGGGAUGAGAUGAGGACCUCAGUGUGAUAUUGUGGCAUGAUAUGGCCAUCCAUCCAGUCCAAUGGAUCAGAUGGGCAAGAUGAGACCUCAGCCAUAUGGCGGGACUAACCCAUACUCGCAGCAACAGGGACCUCCGUCAGGACCACAGCAAGGACAUGGGUACCCAGGGCAGCCAUAUGGGUCCCAGACCCCGCAGCGGUACCCGAUGACCAUGCAGGGCCGGGCGCAGAGUGCCAUGGGCGGCCUCUCUUAUACACAGCAGAUUCCUCCUUAUGGACAACAAGGCCCCAGCGGGUAUGGUCAACAGGGCCAGACUCCAUAUUACAACCAGCAAAGUCCUCACCCUCAGCAGCAGCAGCCACCCUACUCCCAGCAACCACCAUCCCAGACCCCUCAUGCCCAACCUUCGUAUCAGCAGCAGCCACAGUCUCAGCCACCACAGCUCCAGUCCUCUCAGACUCCAUACUCCCAACAGCCAUCCCAACCUCCACAUCAGCAGUCCCCGACUCCAUACCCCUCCCAGCAGUCCACGACACAGCAGCACCCUCAGAGCCAGCCCUCCUACUCACAGCCACAGGCUCAGUCUCCCUACCAGCAGCAGCAACCUCAGCAGCCAGCACCCUCGACGCUCUCCCAGCAGGCUGCGUAUCCUCAGCCCCAGUCUCAGCAGUCCCAGCAAACUGCCUAUUCCCAACAGCGCUUCCCUCCACCGCAGGAGCUAUCUCAAGAUUCAUUUGGGUCUCAGGCAUCCUCAGCCCCCUCAAUGACCUCCAGUAAGGGAGGGCAAGAAGAUAUGAACCUGAGCCUUCAGUCAAGACCCUCCAGCUUGCCUGAUCUAUCUGGUUCAAUAGAUGACCUCCCCAUGGGGACAGAAGGAGCUCUGAGUCCUGGAGUGAGCACAUCAGGGAUUUCCAGCAGCCAAGGAGAGCAGAGUAAUCCAGCUCAGUCUCCUUUUUCUCCUCAUACUUCCCCUCACCUGCCUGGCAUCCGAGGCCCCUCCCCGUCCCCUGUUGGCUCUCCCGCCAGUGUUGCUCAGUCUCGCUCAGGACCACUCUCGCCUGCUGCAGUGCCAGGCAACCAGAUGCCACCUCGGCCACCCAGUGGCCAGUCGGACAGCAUCAUGCAUCCUUCCAUGAACCAAUCAAGCAUUGCCCAAGAUCGAGGUUAUAUGCAGAGGAACCCCCAGAUGCCCCAGUACAGUUCCCCCCAGCCCGGCUCAGCCUUAUCUCCGCGUCAGCCUUCCGGAGGACAGAUACACACAGGCAUGGGCUCCUACCAGCAGAACUCCAUGGGGAGCUAUGGUCCCCAGGGGGGUCAGUAUGGCCCACAAGGUGGCUACCCCAGGCAGCCAAACUAUAAUGCCUUGCCCAAUGCCAACUACCCCAGUGCAGGCAUGGCUGGAGGCAUAAACCCCAUGGGUGCCGGAGGUCAGAUGCAUGGACAGCCUGGCAUCCCACCUUACGGCACACUCCCUCCAGGGAGGAUGAGUCACGCCUCCAUGGGCAACCGGCCUUAUGGCCCUAACAUGGCCAAUAUGCCACCUCAGGUUGGGUCAGGGAUGUGCCCCCCACCAGGGGGCAUGAACCGGAAAACCCAAGAAACUGCUGUCGCCAUGCAUGUUGCUGCCAACUCUAUCCAAAACAGGCCGCCAGGCUACCCCAAUAUGAAUCAAGGGGGCAUGAUGGGAACUGGACCUCCUUAUGGACAAGGGAUUAAUAGUAUGGCUGGCAUGAUCAACCCUCAGGGACCCCCAUAUUCCAUGGGUGGAACCAUGGCCAACAAUUCUGCAGGGAUGGCAGCCAGCCCAGAGAUGAUGGGCCUUGGGGAUGUCAAGUUAACUCCAGCCACCAAAAUGAACAACAAGGCAGACGGGACACCCAAGACAGAAUCCAAAUCCAAGAAAUCCAGUUCUUCUACUACAACCAAUGAGAAGAUCACCAAGUUGUAUGAGCUGGGUGGUGAGCCUGAGAGGAAGAUGUGGGUGGACCGUUAUCUGGCCUUCACUGAGGAGAAGGCCAUGGGCAUGACAAAUCUGCCUGCUGUGGGUAGGAAACCUCUGGACCUCUAUCGCCUCUAUGUGUCUGUGAAGGAGAUUGGUGGAUUGACUCAGGUCAACAAGAACAAAAAAUGGCGGGAACUUGCAACCAACCUCAAUGUGGGCACAUCAAGCAGUGCUGCCAGCUCCUUGAAAAAGCAGUAUAUCCAGUGUCUCUAUGCCUUUGAAUGCAAGAUUGAACGGGGAGAAGACCCUCCCCCAGACAUCUUUGCAGCUGCUGAUUCCAAGAAGUCGCAGCCCAAGAUCCAGCCUCCCUCUCCUGCGGGAUCAGGAUCUAUGCAGGGGCCCCAGACUCCUCAGUCAACCAGCAGUUCCAUGGCAGAAGGAGGAGACUUAAAGCCACCAACUCCAGCAUCCACACCACACAGUCAGAUCCCCCCAUUGCCAGGCAUGAGGAGCAAUUCGGUUGGGAUCCAGGAUGCCUUUAAUGAUGGAAGUGACUCCACAUUCCAGAAGCGGAAUUCCAUGACUCCAAACCCUGGGUAUCAGCCCAGUAUGAAUACCUCUGACAUGAUGGGGCGCAUGUCCUAUGAGCCAAAUAAGGAUCCUUAUGGCAGCAUGAGGAAAGCUCCAGGGAGUGAUCCCUUCAUGUCCUCAGGGCAGGGCCCCAACGGCGGGAUGGGUGACCCCUACAGUCGUGCUGCUGGCCCUGGGCUAGGAAAUGUGGCGAUGGGACCACGACAGCACUAUCCCUAUGGAGGUCCUUAUGACAGAGUGAGGACGGAGCCUGGAAUAGGGCCUGAGGGAAACAUGAGCACUGGGGCCCCACAGCCUAAUCUCAUGCCUUCCAACCCAGACUCGGGGAUGUAUUCUCCUAGCCGCUACCCCCCGCAGCAGCAGCAGCAGCAGCAACGACAUGAUUCCUAUGGCAAUCAGUUCUCCACCCAAGGUACCCCUUCUGGCAGCCCCUUCCCCAGCCAGCAGACCACAAUGUAUCAACAGCAGCAGCAGAAUUACAAGCGGCCAAUGGAUGGCACAUAUGGCCCUCCUGCCAAGCGGCAUGAAGGGGAGAUGUACAGCGUGCCAUACAGCACUGGGCAGGGGCAGCCUCAGCAGCAGCAGUUGCCCCCAGCCCAGCCCCAGCCUGCCAGCCAGCAACAAGCUGCCCAGCCUUCCCCUCAGCAAGAUGUAUACAACCAAUAUGGCAAUGCCUAUCCUGCCACUGCCACCGCUGCUACUGAGCGCCGACCAGCAGGCGGCCCCCAGAACCAAUUUCCAUUCCAGUUUGGCCGAGACCGUGUCUCUGCACCCCCUGGCACCAAUGCCCAGCAAAACAUGCCACCGCAAAUGAUGGGCGGCCCCAUACAGGCAUCAGCUGAGGUUGCUCAGCAAGGCACCAUGUGGCAGGGGCGUAAUGACAUGACCUAUAAUUAUGCCAACAGGCAGAGCACGGGCUCUGCUCCCCAGGGCCCCGCCUAUCAUGGCGUGAACCGAACAGAUGAAAUGCUGCACACAGACCAGAGGGCCAACCACGAAGGCCCGUGGCCUUCCCAUGGCACACGCCAGCCCCCAUAUGGUCCCUCUGCCCCUGUGCCCCCCAUGACAAGGCCCCCUCCAUCUAACUACCAGCCCCCGCCAAGCAUGCAGAAUCACAUUCCUCAGGUAUCCAGCCCUGCUCCCCUGCCCCGGCCAAUGGAGAACCGCACCUCUCCUAGCAAGUCUCCAUUCCUGCACUCUGGGAUGAAAAUGCAGAAGGCAGGUCCCCCAGUACCUGCCUCACACAUAGCACCUGCCCCUGUGCAGCCCCCCAUGAUUCGGCGGGAUAUCACCUUCCCACCUGGCUCUGUUGAAGCCACACAGCCUGUGUUGAAGCAGAGGAGGCGGCUCACAAUGAAAGACAUUGGAACCCCGGAGGCAUGGCGGGUAAUGAUGUCCCUCAAGUCUGGUCUCCUGGCAGAGAGCACAUGGGCAUUAGAUACCAUCAACAUCCUGCUAUAUGAUGACAACAGCAUCAUGACCUUCAAUCUCAGUCAGCUCCCAGGGUUGCUAGAGCUCCUUGUAGAAUAUUUCCGACGAUGCCUGAUUGAGAUCUUUGGCAUUUUAAAGGAGUAUGAGGUGGGUGACCCAGGACAGAGAACGCUACUGGAUCCUGGGAGGUUCAGCAAGGUGUCUAGUCCAGCUCCCAUGGAGGGUGGGGAAGAAGAAGAAGAACUUCUAGGUCCUAAACUAGAAGAGGAAGAAGAAGAGGAAGUAGUUGAAAAUGAUGAGGAGAUAGCCUUUUCAGGCAAGGACAAGCCAGCUUCAGAGAAUAGUGAGGAGAAGCUGAUCAGUAAGUUUGACAAGCUUCCAGUAAAGAUCGUACAGAAGAAUGACCCAUUUGUGGUGGACUGCUCAGAUAAGCUUGGGCGUGUGCAGGAGUUUGACAGUGGCCUGCUGCACUGGCGGAUUGGUGGGGGGGACACCACUGAGCAUAUCCAGACCCACUUCGAAAGCAAGACAGAGCUGCUGCCUUCCCGGCCUCAUGCACCCUGCCCACCAGCCCCCCGGAAGCAUGUGACAACAGCGGAGGGUACGCCAGGGACAACAGACCAGGAGGGACCCCCACCUGAUGGACCUCCAGAAAAACGGAUCACAGCCACUAUGGAUGACAUGUUGUCUACUCGGUCUAGCACCUUGACCGAGGAUGGAGCUAAGAGUUCAGAGGCCAUCAAGGAGAGCAGCAAGUUUCCAUUUGGCAUUAGCCCAGCACAGAGCCACCGGAAUAUCAAGAUCCUAGAGGACGAACCCCACAGUAAGGAUGAGACCCCACUGUGUACCCUUCUGGACUGGCAGGAUUCUCUUGCCAAGCGCUGUGUCUGUGUCUCCAAUACCAUUCGAAGCCUGUCAUUUGUGCCAGGCAAUGACUUUGAGAUGUCCAAACACCCAGGGCUGCUGCUCAUCCUGGGCAAGCUGAUCCUGCUGCACCACAAGCACCCAGAACGGAAGCAGGCACCACUAACUUACGAGAAGGAGGAGGAACAGGACCAAGGGGUGAGCUGCAACAAAGUGGAGUGGUGGUGGGACUGCUUGGAGAUGCUCCGGGAAAACACCUUGGUUACACUCGCCAACAUCUCGGGGCAGUUGGACCUAUCCCCAUACCCCGAGAGCAUUUGCCUGCCUGUCCUGGACGGACUCCUACACUGGGCAGUUUGCCCUUCAGCUGAAGCCCAGGACCCCUUUUCCACCCUGGGCCCCAAUGCCGUCCUUUCCCCGCAGAGACUGGUCUUGGAAACCCUCAGCAAACUCAGCAUCCAGGACAACAAUGUGGACCUGAUUCUGGCCACACCCCCCUUCAGUCGCCUGGAGAAGUUGUAUAGCACUAUGGUGCGCUUCCUCAGUGACCGAAAGAACCCGGUGUGCCGGGAGAUGGCUGUGGUACUGCUGGCCAACCUGGCUCAGGGGGACAGCCUGGCAGCUCGUGCCAUUGCAGUGCAGAAGGGCAGUAUCGGCAACCUCCUGGGCUUCCUAGAGGACAGCCUUGCCGCCACGCAGUUCCAGCAGAGCCAGGCCAGCCUCCUCCACAUGCAGAACCCACCCUUUGAGCCAACUAGUGUGGACAUGAUGCGGCGGGCUGCCCGCGCGCUGCUUGCCCUGGCCAAGGUGGACGAGAACCACUCAGAGUUUACUCUGUACGAAUCACGGCUGUUGGACAUCUCGGUAUCACCGUUGAUGAACUCAUUGGUUUCACAAGUCAUUUGUGAUGUACUGUUUUUGAUUGGCCAGUCAUGACAGCCGUGGGACACCUCCCCCCCUGUGUGUGUGUGCGUGUGUGGAGAACUUAGAAACUGACUGUUGCCCUUUAUUUAUGCAAAACCACCUCAGAAUCCAGUUUACCCUGUGCUGUCCAGCUUCUCCCUUGGGAAAAAGUCUCUCCUGUUUCUCUUUCCUCCUUCCACCUCCCCCCGUCCACCACCUCACGCCUUUCUGUUCCUUGUCCUCACCUUACUCCCCUCAGGACCCCACCCCACCCUCUUUGAAAAGACAAAGCUCUGCCUACAUAGAAGACUUUUUUUAUUUUAACCAAAGUUACUGUUGUUUACAGUGAGUUUGGGGAAAAAAAAAUAAAAUAAAAAUGGCUUUCCCAGUCCUUGCAUCAACGGGACGCCACAUUUCAUAACUGUUUUUAAUGGUAAAAAAAAAAAAAAAAAGGAAAAAAAUACAAAAAAAAAAUUCUGAAGGACAAAAAAGGUGACUGCUGAACUGUGUGUGGUUUAUUGUUGUACAUUCACAAUCUUGCAGGAGCCAAGAAGUUCGCAGUUGUGAACAGACCCUGUUCACUGGAGAGGCCUGUGCAGUAGAGUGUAGACCCUUUCAUGUACUGUACUGUACACCUGAUACUGUAAACAUACUGUAAUAAUAAUGUCUCACAUGGAAACAAGAGAAAACGCUGGGUCAGCAGCAAGCUGUAGUUUUUAAAAAUGUUUUUAGUUAAACGUUGAGGAGAAAAAAAAAAGGCUUUUCCCCCAAAGUAUCAUGUGUGAACCUACAACACCCUGACCUCUUUCUCUCCUCCUUGAUUGUAUGAAUAACCCUGAGAUCACCUCUUAGAACUGGUUUUAACCUUUAGCUGCAGCGGCUGCGCUGCCACGUGUGUAUAUAUAUGACGUUGUACAUUGCACAUACCCUUGGAUCCCCACAGUUUGGUCCUCAUCCCAGCUACCCCUUUAUAGUAUGACGAGUUAACAAGUUGGUGACCUGCACAAAGCGAGACACAGCUAUUUAAUCUCUUGCCAGACAUCGCCCCUCUUGGUGCGAUGCUGUACAGGUCUCUGUAAAAAGUCCUUGCUGUCUCAGCAGCCAAUCAACUUAUAGUUUAUUUUUUUCUGGGUUUUUGUUUUGUUUUGUUUUCUUUCUAAUCGAGGUGUGAAAAAGUUCUAGGUUCAGUUGAAGUUCUGAUGAAGAAACACAAUUGAGAUUUUUUCAGUGAUAAAAUCUGCAUAUUUGUAUUUCAACAAUGUAGCUAAAACUUGAUGUAAAUUCCUCCUUUUUUUCCUUUUUUGGCUUAAUGAAUAUCAUUUAUUCAGUAUGAAAUCUUUAUACUAUAUGUUCCACGUGUUAAGAAUAAAUGUACAUUAAAUCUUGGUAA